AUGGAUUCGAAUAAAUUUGAACAAAUAGGCUUGAGCUCAUUUUACCAUGCUAUACCAACACUUGAUAAUGCCAACGACUGGUCGCAGUGGAACCAGAAAGUCAAGGAGUUUCUUCGAAUAUCUCCCGUGGCUAAAGAUGAAACGAUCCCACCUCUGGAAGAGGAGGGAGCGCAGCAAUGGUCUCACCGCCAGACAUUUUACUCGUCAAUGAUCGCGGCAAAGCUGACCCACAACGCGGCUCAGCGGAUAAACGCCUUCGAAAUCACUCGAGUCCAAACUCUAAUCAAAGCGGUGAAAGACAACUUCAAGCCGGAAGGUUCAGGAACAUACGUCAAUCUUCAGAGGAGGUACAUGUCACUUACCCGAGCAAAAUGUGGGAGUGCACAAGCCCUCGGGGCCGAGAUCAGAAAGAUCCAUGCCGAGAAACUUUUACUCGACCCCGCAUGUGUCACUUCUGAGAUUGAACGAACCUUCUUUUCCUCCAUGCCUUGGGUCCAGAAUAUGAAAGCUUCCGUGACCAUAUCUUCAGACAAAUGGACAUUAGACGAGAACGGAAAUAUCACCAAAGCAGCCCCUACAUUCGACUACAUUGAGAACAAGGCCAUUGAGGAGGAACAUAGGAAAGGACAGCUGAGCAACCAAUCCGCAGAUGCAAAUGCGCUUCCUGCCUUCACACUCAGCCAAAGCCUUGGAGACAAGAAAGUCACGCCGUCUUCAGAUGGGAAAACAUGCCGGAUCGAGAUCAUCAAUGUCCCUUUCUGUACUUUCUGUCGAAAACCCUAUCAUAGGGAGCCUCAAUGUUUCAAGAAGAAUCCCAACCUGAGGGACCAAGAAAAGGGAGAGAAGAACACGCAGGCCAAGACCCAACGAUGCAUAUAA